AUGUCUGUUGGUCCGGAGCCCGUUAGCUCUGGGAUAUUUCCCGUUCCGGGGCAAACGCACAUUCCCCAAGUGGCCCGGCGAUCAUCGACGACUCUAGGGUCGAGAACGAGCUCAUCGGCGACGGUCGCGCCGUCUCUGGCGACAUCGUCGUCUUCUCUGUCGUCGGCCACCUCGUCCUCGUCGACGUGCUUACACACGGCGCACCGCCAGAGCCACAACCAGUCCAAGUUGCCCGCUUUCCGAUUUAACGACCUCAAUGCUGGACAUGGAAAGUUGCCAGUCAGUGUGGGUCUUCCGCUGCCCUCGCUUCUGCAACAGCAGCACUUCCCCCCCUCCGCAGCGUCGCCCAAUAAUUCACCGAAUCCACAGAAUCCACAGGAGGCCCCGAAUCCGACCAAUCCCGUGACCGUGCCUGCGCUGGGACCACGCCAGGGCCCGGACACUGGAACAAUACCAAUACAGCCAGGUACACAAAUUCAGGGAGGAAAAGGACACAGCGGACAGGGACCAGCGCCCGACAAUAUCACCCCAUCAGCGUCAGACCCGCUGCACAUCCCCCAAAACAUCCGCUCUCACACAGUCCCUCAUCCCCCUUCCAGCACCAGUUCCGGGCGCCCAACAUCGGGAAGCCAACUGGCUCAAAAAUCCGUGCUGAAGCAGAAGAAACCAGAAAUCCCUGCUGCUGCUGCUUCUGAAUCGCUGAUUAAAUCGCCCCGGGCCAGGGCGUCGACCUUUCAGCAGUCGAGGUUCAGCGUUAUAGCGUCAUCAUCGGUGUCUGCAUCGACGGCCUCCCCGUCCGUUUCGAGAAUACCCGGAACAGCAGGUGGAACAGCGAAAAGCACGUCCGCCGCUACGACUGCUUCUACUGCGAGACGACCCGCAUCUUUUCCUGCAUCGCCCUCUAAAAAACACGUGUGUGUGGACAACACCACACCAAACGUUUCCGCACUCAAGGAGUCAGCAGCACAACCAGAACUUCAACCAGAAGCGCCACUUGUACCCGCCCAGGUAUCCCAGGUGUCAGCAGUACCCGCUCCUGCACCUGAUCUGGCACCACCGCCCGGUCCUGGUCAUACAUCAUCCUCCACCACCCCGACACCCACAACAACUGCAGCCACUCCGACGGCGACACCCAAAUCUUCGAACCCAAUUACCACGACUUCGACAAAACCACAACCGACACGACGGAAGCCCGCGUCGCUCGAUUCCACCCCCAUAAUUUUAGUCGCGGACCUUUCCUCUCCGCCCCUAAUCCCUCCUCAGCGCCGACACACCGAUACCACUCAAGUCCUUCACACCUCGAAACCUCAGCGGACAUCAUCGUCGAACGACCCCGGGGCUCAAGGCCAGCGUGAACUCCUCCUCCCAAAGACCUUACAACAACAACAACACCACCACCAUUCCACUCCGUCCGAUGAGAAGCGCGUGUCUACUUACCUCACUCGCCGAAAACCCCCAGUUUCCUACAAAGCCCCGCUAUCGAUCUGCACGACGACGAAAUCGCCCGCAUCGGCCCCAUCCUCAGCCACCACACCGGUCCGCGUCCCCCCUAUUCGAGGAUUCCGAUCGUCCGGCUCCCGGCGCAGCCUCAUUCUCGACAUGGGGUCAAGACCUACGAGGCCCUACGACAACAGCAGCGGCGACGAAUCGCAGAGUUAUGACUCUCGCGAACAUACCCUCCGCGCCCUAGAGGGUCGCAAUGACUUGGCUCAGAUCACCCCUCCACACUCGAUGGAUCAUGAUGGCGCGGAGCAGGAGGAUACGACGGACAUGUUUUUGAAUAUUGCGCGGGAGGAGUCCGUUCGGCCUAGUAUCGAGGAUGGCCAUGAGGACCAAAGCGCUUUGGACGUUGGGGAUAGCAGUGCGUAUGGCAGGCGUCGGACGUCGAUCUCGGACGCCAUCACCCCUCGAACAACACCUUACAAGCAAUCUAAUCUUUCUUACGGGCAAUAUCGCUCCUCCCCUGUUACGUACUCGCCGGCUGGAUACAACUCUUCAUCUCUGGCACCUCGCUCAGACCACACGUUACGAGCUGAGCCGCAGCAGCAACAACAACAGGGAAUGGAGUACGGUCAGGGGGUAGAGGGGACGGAGUCCACGGCGUCUACGACCGGGCCAUCAACAGUCUGGGAUGAACUUGAUGACUUGAAGUCGCGCAUUAGCCGUUUGGAGCUGACAGGAAAACUGCCACCGACGUCUGGAGCGGCAAUGUCUCGAGUGUCAGACGAUCGACCGUACACGGCGAAUACGACAGUUACCAACGUUUCCGGGUCUCCAAAACGCAUCACACCAGGGGCUGCUUCUGUCGUCGGCGGACAAGGCGACGCUAGCAGCACCGUAUCAGCGACUCAGAAGGAGUCUCAUCCAACCCUGCACGGGGCGCUCGCGAAAUCGAAGACGCUGCUCAGUGGGGAGGUGUACAAGGCUCUCGAAUCGGCUACGACGGACGCACUGGCUUUGUUGGCCAUGAUGGGAACCGCGGGCCAGCCCGGCCCGAUCUCUAGCGGCGCGAGUACGAUCGGAGGGGCUGGAGGUGUAACUGAUCGCCAGCUCCGGCGGAAAGCAGACAGCAUCUGUCGCAGUCUCACGGAGCUGUGCCUGGCUUUGAAUGAAGAGAAUUCGCGGCCUAGGACCUCACACGGCCUGAACGCAGCGCAGACCGAGAGCCCGGCCACACCGACGGUUAACGGUUUCGGGGCCUUGAACACGCAGCGGCGGCCAAGCGGCGUUGGUGAGCAAACGAUGGCUAGGCUCAACACUAGUCCUCGGGCUAUGUCACGACUCGAAGAGCGCCGAAGUAAUCUUUUGAACGGCACCGCUCUUCCUAGCCCUCGCCUUCUUUCGUCAACCCUCGCCACUCCUACUGAAGUUGGGCAAGGGAGGCGAUCGUCUCUCUUGUUCUCCCGGCGUCGUGCGACGACCGAAGAACCCGACGAGGGACGCCAAACGUCCCUUUUGCGAACACGCCGAGCUGGAACCGAAGAGCCCGAAGAAACGAGGAAACCGUCGCUUCUGCUUCGACCCAGGAGGGGGACCAUUGGAGAGGGUGACGACGACGACUCCCGCAUCCGCGCACCAUCAAGGGCAACGACAGAGGUUACCCCUUCACCUCGGAUGGUAUCGAGAGACUACUCGGCACCGGGCGCCGAACCCAAUUCGAUGACGUCUUCCGCGCUUCCCCGGCGACGCCUCGGACCCUCGACUCUUAACUCACGAUUAGCAGUCCCCUCGUCUCCCGCCACCGGCACGGUACGCUGGGUUGGGGAUGUGAACGGAAGCAGCCUCGCCGACAAACUCGUCGAGGAGCGGGGCCCCGGCCCACGGCCGUUUUCGUUGGGGCAGACGGCGAUGCUUAAUCGAACGACGAGUAUCAGCCGGAGGAACCGCGAUAGCAUGAUUAUGAAUGGACCUGGAACACCUCAAACCGGGUCGUAUAGAUGA